AUGGGCAAGCAGAGGGCGAAAGGAGCUGCCCAGGGGUCUGCUCAGCCGCAAUCAGUGUCCUGGCCAGCUCUCCACCCGCCGCAGCGUCCGCUUCAGCUCGUCGAACCGUCGCCAGGCAUCAUUCUGGUCGAAGACUUCUUCCCUCCAGCUAUUCGCAAGGCUUUUCUCUCCUUCCUGACUGCACCCAAUUCGCCGCUGCGACUGAACCCGCCGACCGCGCCAAAGAGGGGUGAGGCGGAACGGACGAAUGCGCGAACUUCGGUGCAGGAUCCCGAGUUCGCCAAGCGGUUGUGGGAGGACACGGGGCUGCGGGAGGCUUGUCGAGCACUAGAGGGCAGGAACGGGCGCAAGGCGGCAGGACUCAACCCGAACAUUCGGGUGUAUCGGUACGGAGAGGGCGAUUUCUUCGGUCCACACUACGACGACGAUAUACGUGACCCUGCGACGGGCUGGACUUCCGAAUGGACGCUGCUGAUCUACUUGACGGGCAGAGAAGACGGAGUUGUCGGUGGAGAGACCGCCUUCUACCCUUCGCCGACGCGCAAGGACAAUGGGCCUGCCGUCGUGCCCGAGUUGCGAGCCGGUCGCGCCCUGCUCCACCGACACGGCCAGCUGUGCUCGCUACAUGAAGGGCGGCUGGUCGAGAAGGGCACAAAAUGGGUCCUUCGUUCGGACGUCCUCUUCGCAUGA